CAGGUAUGACUACCUGACAGGAGAGUGCAGAGGCCAGAAGCACCUGGGGCUUAAAACCACAGAUGCCUAACCUGAGAUAGGAGCAUGGCUUGAGUGUGAUGGUGGUGGAGAGCAACCUGAGGAUAGAGGCCAUUUAAUCAUUUAUUCACCGCAGAUAAAGCAGUGUCAGGAGUUGGGGUGAAAGAGUAUUGACCUGCAGAGACAGCAGGGCCCUUACUGGCUACAUCUACACCAGCUCUGGAAAGAAAAAAGGAACUUAGCAUGUGUCUCCUUGAAUAAGGUCCCAUGGCCAGAUCCUUACAGAUUCUGCUGCUCCUGGUGACCACAGUGGGCCUUGUGUCUAAAAGAGUCCAAGCCUGGGGCUCACCCAAGAUUGUGAGGCCAUUUGAAGACAUCCCCCAAACCUAUGUCUAUGUGCGGCAAGCAGUCUGGUAUGCCAUGAAGGAGUAUAACAAGGACAGCACGGACCAGUACAACUUCAAGGUGGUGGACAUCCUAAAAUCUCAGGAGCAGGUCACAGACAGCCUGGAGUACUAUCUUGAAGUAAAUAUUGCCCGAACGAUGUGCAAGAAAAUUAUAGGAGAAAAUGAAAACUGCUUGUUUCAAAAUGAUCCUAAAAUGAAAAAGAUGCUGUUUUGCAUUUUUAUUGUUAGCUCCAAACCAUGGAAAUUUGAACUUAAAAUGCUGAAGAAACAAUGCAAAGAAAUCUAAUCAGCAUCCAGUACACCUUGACACUCUCACUUUUCUUUUAAAUAAUAAAGAUGCUUGCAAGAUAAUGGACCACCACCUCUGA